UUGAUCCAUAGGAGAGCCAUACAAGGAUGCUAUUGUAUUUCUAAUAGAAUCCACAUUCAGUCCACAUAGCAGCUAUACAGUCGCCGUCGAGUCCCAAGCUGCAGCUUAGUCGCACUCGAAAGAGUUACGUGAGCGAUGCAAAUACAAUUUGCAGAUGAGGACGACAUGCCACCCGCCUACGAGGCCAUCCCAGAGUAUGCCACUCCUUACCGCUCGCCACUACCUCCAUCCCAGCAACAGCAACUGCCGUCCACAAGCAUUGCCGCCUAUGCCACCUAUGCCACAUACGCCACGCCCGUUUGGCGCUCAACACCCCAUGCCGCUCCUAUCAGUGUACCGCCCACAGUGGUGACUGUGCCGCCAGAGCUGCCACAGAGGCACAUACGCGACUCACAGCACAAUCAAAUGACAUCGGCUCGGAACAAGAGCCAACUGUCAUCACAUCAUCCAAGCCACACCCACAACACCAGCAGUAGAAAGGAAACCUUUAAGUAUUUGGAUGGGGACGCCAGCUUUGCGGCCAUGGAACACAUGGAUAUGCGAGGCGCUGCUACCUUGCCGCCGGACAGCAACUCGGAUCAUUCCGGCGGAAGCAAUGAGACUGUCAAAAUCGAUGAUAUGCAAUACGCUGAUGCGUAACCCUUCGUUACGGCUCUCUUACAUGUGAUCAAUUAGGUUUACAAUCAUAAUUAUAACAAGUACAUAUAUAUGACACAAUAUUAACACUAAUGCUCAGGCACUAAGCAAAUUUCGUUUCAUAUAUUUAUAAAAAUUGUACAUUAUCAUUAAGAAGUAAAAGAUGUACAUACUAGAAACCUCGAUCGAUCUGUAUCCUUGCGAAUAUUCACAAAAGACAUGGUGAUGCAGAGGUCUAGAACUGGGAUCAUCACAUAAAAUAUCAAGUUUUGUAUAAAUUGAAAGGUUGAGUCGAUCACUCCCCACUAAAGUCAAGUUUGUGAGCUCUAAAUUGGGUAAAGUAUGAACAAAGGGGAUAAGAAAGAAGUCUUUAAAGAAAAUUGAGAAUUUUUGAGAAUUCGAACCGUGACACUCUCGCAUGGAAG